AGCGCGACGAUGACGUUCGCGGUCGACCGUCAGCGGACACGAGACGCGGCGGGGUUUUGGCAGCCCGCAGAGAAUGCAACCGCUCCCUGACGCCUGUGCGCGCGUUGCACAAUGCCGCUAGCGUCGGCGGCGCAGACAAUGCAUGCAACGGCCCCCGGCCAGGCGCUCCCGCAGUCUCGCGCUGACGUCGUGUCUCGGGUUAAAACCCUACUGCGUCGUCGCUCGUUGCGCAAGGAGAGCGUGCCCUCCAAUGUUCGCACGCGCUCAUCGGGCGGACUCCGUCACUGCCAAUGUGUAGUUGCUCGCCCAGCUGGACACUGGCGAUGUUGUUGUGACCGGAGCCUAUCUCUGCGGCCUCCGCGUGAGCAGGCGCUGCGCAGUUGGCCGCACUGUGCUCAGCGGUUCCUGGAACGCUGCCACUCGACGCCUGCUCAAAGGCCCGCCGUGUUCGCGCUAGGCGGGAUGCGUGCGUAUUCUCGAGACGAGCUGUGCAUCUCGCUUCCCGGUGCCAGACAGAAUGGAUCUUUUCUCUAGCGCCCGCGGACGGUACGACAGGCUCGACGCCGACCGGGACGUCGUUUGCUGCCCAGAACUGCACCGACAGCCAAAAUUGCGCUGACAGCCGCUUUACCGUUCAUAAAUCAACUACAGCUCAUGGGCGAUCGACAGGGCAAGGACAAGCAUGAGGCCGAGCCGACGCCCGAGCCCCGUGCGCCGGGUCUGUGCCCUGAGCAGCCCUUGAAGGUGGUCCUGGUCGGAGACACCAGGUGCGGAAAGACUGCGCUGGCCAACCGCUUCGUGAGCGACGCCUUCACGACGGACUACACUCCCACUGGCUUUGACCGCUACACGACCUCCGACGAAGCCGCUGGACAGAAAUUUCACUUCUCCGUCUGGGACACGUCUGGGUCCGCAGCGUACGACACCGUGCGGCCACUCUCGUACCAGGAUGCCAGCGUGGUGCUCCUGUGCUUCAACGUCGGUGUGCCGGAGUCCCUCCGCAACGUCAUUCACAAGUGGCAGCCCGAGGUCCGGCAGCAUUGUCCGGGCGCGUCCCUGCUCCUCAUCGGCUGUCAGAGCGAUGCCCGGAUGACCCAGCGAGGAGGCUGCGUGAGCGCCGACGAGGCGCUGACGUGGGCCUCGCGGCUGGGCGCCGUGGCGUACGUGGAGACGAGCGCCCGGGCGGCGCCUCGAAGCGUCCGCGAUGCCUGGAAGGCGGCCGCGCGGGCCGCCCUCGGACCCGAACACCCGGACGCCAAGGGUGGCCGCGACGUGUCGCCCUCUCGCCACAAGGCGUGCAUCUUGAUGUGAAACAUGGAGCGACGCGAAAGACGCGGCCUGUUCGGCCAGCUGUGCGCGGACAUGACGACUUGCAACACAGCGUGCGUUUUAUGUCCUCGUAGGACACCAUGCGAGCGCCGUACGUGUUGCUUUGAGCGGCACGAGGGACGUGGUGUUUUGUUCGUCGCCGUUUUGAAGCAAGGGCAUCGCUCCUGAGGAUGACAGACGUUUAGGGACUGGUUCUACACUGGCCGCUGUCGUCCGCGAGUGGUGCGAUACAGCGUUGGCCUGCGUGCAGCCUUCCCUAAACUCAAAAUCAUGGUAGUGCUGCGUCGACUGCAACACGCAAGUGACCGUCGAAGACACCUUUGAUAGUGACUCCAUGCCUAUACGCUGGAUGUGUCAUCACCUUGCGAACUGUGCGUUUCGUUCGAGCACCUGCUCAAUCUCUUGGAGCCGUGGUUGUGAACCGGUAACGUCGGCGGCGUGGCCGUAGUGCUGUGCUAGGGGAAGUGCACCCGUGUGGACGUUUCUUGCUCUCGGUUGGCUGUAGCAGCUUGUCUCGGCAAUGUGACUUCGUGCCGAACAACGGGGACUCAGAGUGCACCAAGUUGCCGAUGACGUCAAUCUUAAGGUGUUGAUGGGGGCGAAAUGUCCCAUGCUAGUCAAGACAAUGACAGACUCUCUUGAAACAUCUUGGUCGUCGUCUGUUGUAUGAAUAUUUUCCAUAGUGCCUGACUUUAGCUUUGUCAUCUCGUUCACCAUAGUACAAGUUUUAAAUAAAUGUGCCUUAUGCCUCUGAAA